AAUUCUGUUUUAAUGGUAGUAUGGUACUUGUAUCAACUUUAUAGUAAAUGCUAAUACCAAACAUUGAGCUACUGGAAUUUAUGGUGAAGGACCACAAAUCCCAGGAACAGCCAGAAAUUAUGCUGUUAUACGUCAGGGUUGCUCUGAUUUAUGCAGUUCAAGUGCCAAAGGAGGAAUUUCCUCACUCCUGAGAUGCAGGGGAGUUCCCAAGGCCAAGAAGAGAACAAUUGUGGUUGGUCUCAAAUCCGAUAACAGCAGCAGAGAAAUGCUGCUUCGUUUGCUCAAUUUAGUCGUAAUGCCCGGGGACUAUGUUCUGUCUGUUCAUGUACAAGAACCAAAUGAUACAUUUGAUCCAAAUACUUUUCACAUUCAUGAGGAUCUAUGUAAAUCCAAGCAGGUGGAUUUUCAAAUCAAGGUUUGUGCAGGAGAGACAUACAUAAAUGAGUUGAGUAAUCAAGUACGUAUAAACUUUGCCACAAUGCUUGCCGUAGGAUGCAGCAGCUCCAGGCCAAGUGAUCAGAUUGCUGGCAAAAUUUUGAAAGAAUUGCCUCCUACUUGCUCCCUUCUAGUAAUGGAUAAUGGAGGAAAAAUCCUACUCCAGAGGCCGGGGACUUCCCAAGAAGGUGCUCCCAUUAAAGUUUUUCAAUCAUCUGAGUCCUCUCUGUCAGUGUCCAGCAGCUCUACACUGUCAAGAGACAAGUAUCAGAUUCAAAAAUCUUUGUCAAUGACAUGUUCUUCAACGACAACUUCAUCACAGCCGAAUAGAAAUGCAACUUUUCCUAGAAACAAGAAGCUCAAUAAUGCUACAGCUAAGAGUCUGUUUCAGAGAAUAGCUUGCUUAGAAUCAAUGGGCUGCGCCAGACGCUUCACAACGGAUGAACUUAGCUGCGCAACAGACAACUUCAGUCCCAAUUUAUUGACCGGAGUGGGUGGACAUAGUCAAGUCUAUCGAGCCAAUCUCGAGAAUGGCCAGCUUGCAGCAGUGAAGGUCCUUAAAAACACACGAUACGCCGAGGAUGAUCUUUUUCAGGAAGUUGAAAUACUGAGUAAUCUGAAACACGAGAACUUAAUUCAGCUUGUCGGUUACAGUUACAGUAAGGAUAUGCAAGCAAUCGUGUAUAAUCUACUGAAGGACAGUCUGGAGCAAAGACUAAAACAGCUUAAUUGGAACACAAGGAUGCAAGUUGCGAUAGGAGUGGCAAGGGGAUUGGAGUACCUCCAUUCUCAAACCCCUCCUAUCGUUCACAGAGAUGUGAAAUCAUCAAAUAUUCUCUUAUCUGAUGAUUGCCACCCACAACUAUCAGAUUUUGGAGCAGCAGUGGUAUACCAGGAAACUCAGCAAGAUUCAGCUUGUGUGAAACCAAUUCACGUUGUUGGGACAUUUGGAUACCUGGCACCUGAGUACAUCAUGUAUGGCAAAGUUGAUGAGAAGAUAGAUGUAUACUCUUAUGGGGUGGUUCUGCUAGAAUUGAUCACAGGGAAACGAGCCAUCGAAAAAGACUUGGAAGCUCAUCAUGAAAGCUUAGUGUUGUGGGCAAGGUCUCUGCUCAGUUGUGGUCUUAGUGACCGUCUUGUUGAUCCUGACAUAAAUGAGAACUACAACAAAGAUGAGAUGAAAACAAUGAUGUUUGCAGCACGGCUCUGCCUCUUGCAUUCAUCUUCAAGGAGGCCAAAAAUGAAAACAAUCCUGCGUUUGUUUGAGGAGCCAGAGCGCUGGUUAGAACUGCAGAGAAAGAGAGAAGAGCUUCUUGAUGGAAUUGGUUUAGAAGAUGAAAGUUGGUUGUGCAGAUAUUAUGGAUCAGAUUCUGACGCGGGCAUGUUCAUAGAGGAUAGCUGAUCACAUAUUCUUGAGUUUUCCAUGAUAUAUUGGUAUAUAUAUAUAUACUGGUGUUUUG